AUGUCUUCCACUUCGGCAGCCGCUGCCGCUGGCAGUAUCGCUCGCGGAGUACAAAAGCUGUUUGUCGGUAACCUUCCGUGGACCAUCAGCACCAAGGAGCUGAAAUCGUACUUCUCUAAGUACGGACACGUAAACUCGACGAAUGUGAUCUAUGACAAGACGACCGGAAUUAGCCGUGGAUACGGUUUCAUCGUGUUCAGCACUCGUGAGGGUUUCACGAAUGCCACCAACAAUCGCCUGCACGUGCUCGAGGGUCGUGUACUAGAUAUACAGCCUGCCACUUCUUAGAACGAUAGCGCUUACUUAUAGUUAUAACUUUAGAUGUUCAUCGAAUAAGAUUUAUUACAAACGACCAAGACAAAUGUCC